AUGAUAGUCGGUCGUGUUGUUGCUGGCGUGGGGAAUGGCAUGAAUACUAUCGCGAUUCCUAUCUGGCAGUCAGAGACCGCCCGCGCUGAGGAUCGGGGUAAGUUGAUUGUUGCUCAGCUGGUGACAAAUACUUUCGGCAUUGUUAUCACGAACUGGAUGAAUUACGGCUUCACUUUUAUCCCACACUCCCCAGUGAGCUGGCGAUUCCCUCUUGGCUUCCAAUGUGCUUUUGCAAUCGUUACUAUACUAUUUGUUCUCAUCGCCCCAGAGUCGCCACGUUGGCUCGUCAUGAAGCACCGCUCCAAUGAAGCCCGCGAAAUCCUCGCCCGACUCCUCGCAAAAUCCAUCGAUGACUCGGAUGUUGUGGACCAAAUACAAACUUUGAAGAUUGCUGUGAACCAUGAGCACGAAACCCAACAAGCAAAGCCUUUACAAGAGAUUUUCAAGAGAAAAAGCAAGCAGCAGACAUUGCGCAGAAUUCUUUUGGGCGCUGGAACUGCUUUCUUCCAACAGGUCGGUGGAACAAAUGUCAUUGCAUACUAUCUGCCCGUGGUUUUGACACGGUCAGUUGGUUUGGAUAACAGAAUGGCUUUGAUUCUGUCAGCCGUCGACUCGAUGUCACUCAUGUUCUGGGGCUUUAUUGCAGCCUUUCUUAUCGACCGAAUCGGCCGAAAGAGACUACUGCUUUUCGGAGCCGCAGGCAGCAGUCUCUGCUUUGCGCUUGUUGCUGUUGGAUUACGGUACGGUGGGCCUAGUAACAAGGGUAUGUCCAUCCUUGCGGUUGUGUUUAUCUUCGUCUACUAUAUCUUCUACGGCGUGUCGCUCCUAUCAAUCCCUUACAUCUAUCCUGCGGAAAUCAACUCCCAAAAAUGCGAAAUAUCGGAACUUCGUUCGCCACCACUACAAAUUGGUUCGCGCACUGAGAAGGAAGACAAAAGCGACUCUCAGCAUUAUGAGAAUUCGGCUUGA